AGCGUCUGGACCGGAGCACAGAUUUAGUAGUGUAUGAGUCUGUCUGGAUGCGGCUGUUGGAUUUCUCGUGAAGAGAUUUGAGAGAGCUGUGAGGCUGUGGGGAGACAGAAGACAACACCAUGCCUAUCCUGGCGGCCAUGGCUAUCUCUCCCAGGAAGAUUUUCCUGUUCCUGGUGUUUGCUGGAGCCAUUGGUCUGCUGUUGGCCUUCCACAAACCCAGCCGCAAGAAACUCAUGCAAGCACCAAAGCUCGUCUUUGACAGCAGGAAUGCAGGAGAGUUGAAGCCCCCUGAAGGGUUUGAUCCCGCCGCUGACACCAUCCCUGUAGUGAUCAGUACUGAUGAAGGCCGGCUGAUGGGGGCAGUAGCAGCCAUCAACAGUAUCGCUACCAACUCCAAAUCUCCUGUCAAAUUCUACCUCAUCACGGACAAGGACACUAAGGACCAUCUAGAACAGUGGAUCCUGAAAACAAGACUUCACAGCAUUAACCAUGAGAUUAUCGUGUUUAAUGAGGAAUGGGUGAAGGGCAAGAUCAAUGUGAGAGGAGGAAGACAGGAGCUCGCUAGUCCUCUCAACUAUGCCAGAUUUUACCUUCCAAAGCUGCUGCCUCCUGACUUUAAUGGGAAGAUCCUCUAUCUGGAUGAUGAUGUCAUAGUUCAAGGUGACAUCACACAGCUGUACAACACCAAGAUCGAUGAGACUUUAGUCAUGGCCUUCUCUGAAGACUGUAACACUGUGUCCAACAGAUUCGGCCUCUUCAUGAACACAUAUGCCAACUAUAUCAACUUUGGGAACGAGAAUGUGAAGAAACUUGGGAUGAAACCAGGGACUUGCUCCUUCAACACAGGAGUUUUUGUGGCCAACAUGACGGAGUGGAAGAACCAGAAAAUCACCACAAAGCUGGAGUUUUGGACAGCACUCAAUACUGAAGAGAAUGUUUACGGUGCCCAGCAGGGUGGUGGGGGUUCCCAGCCCCCCAUGAUGAUCGUGUUCUACAACCAGUACUCCAAAAUAGACCCCAUGUGGCACAUCAGACAUCUAGGUUGGACCGCGGGAACAAGGUACUCCAAACAGUUCAUCAUGGAGGCGAAACUCCUCCAUUGGAAUGGUCGCUUUAAACCCUGGGGCCGCACCUCACAGCACAUGGACGCGUGGGAGCGAUACUACAUUCCAGAUCCGACAGGGAAGUCCCAACUGACCAGGAAAUUCCGUAUGUUUUAAAUGGAAGACAAUGUCUCAAUAUCAUUAAUAUAUUAGUCAGAACAUUGAUGGUUGUAGCCAAAGCUAGUGAAAUAUUGGCCUUAGAUUUCACUAUAUACUUCAAGACAUGAAACACUCUCAUGGAAAUAGAAAAUCUGUGAGGCCACAGUGACUUAAUUUUAUGUAUGACAUCCAUGCACAUUGAUUUUUGCCA